AUGUCAGCUGCAAACGAAGCAACCGCUUUCUUUCUGCCGCGGCAUCACGCCCCCCUCUGGGCAGUGUACCGGGUGAACGUGCAUCUGAUGGGCGCCAAGGACGCCAUCAAAAACUCCUUCACUGUUGACGACAACGUCUGUACUGGGUGGCCGUGCAUCUCGUGGGCAGCGUCAUGGCAGCAUUCUCCAUUCUCUCCCUCCCCACCCAUCUCUCCUCCAGAAUGCAUGGAGGACAGAGUAGCAUGCACACUGGAGGCUAGAAGGCAUAGAGGACAGAGUAGCAUGGACACUGGAGGCUGUGGAAGGCUCAGUGUGUGCACUGCUCUUCUCCUCCCCACAUCUCUCCUCCAGCGCACGUGGGCGCUGCUAGAAGGCACGGAGGACAGAGUGGCAUGGGCGCUGGAGGCUGUGGGGCUGUGGGAGGUUGUGGCACGCACUGCUGAAGAGGGAUGGGGCUCGCACGUGGGCGUUACUAGAGGGUACGGAGGACAGGGUGGUGGCAUGGGCGCUGGAGGCACGCACGUGGGCGCUACUAGAGGGCACGGAGGACUGAGUGGCAUGGGCGCUGGAGGCUGUGGGAGGCGCACGUGGGCGCUACUAGAGGGUACGGAGGACAGAGUGGCAUGGGCGCUGGAGGCAGUGGGGCUGAAGCACCUGUCAAGAGAGCCAGCCAGCAUUCUCAGCAUGGGCCAGGUGAGUGCUGGGGGAGGUGUUAUGUGCCAAUCAGAUGCGUUCUGGGCAAGCCCUCCGCUCUUCCCCCUCUUCUCCCAGCACAAUUGCUUACUGGCCAGUCGCCAUUCCUCGUUCCCUCUGGUAUUGGACGAGCCCUCCGUGGGGCCGUACGUGUACGUGACUGCUCUUCCCCCUCUUCUCCCAGCACAAUUGCUUACUGGCCAGUCGCCAUUCCUCGUUCCCUCUGGUAUUGGACGAGCCCUCCGUGGGGCCAGCAAGCGCUUACAGCUGGCCCGAUUCCUGGCGAUUCCCCGCUCAUUGUGGCCAUUAGACGAGCCAUCCGGGGGGCUGGACCUGGCUGGGGUUGAGCUGCUAGAGGGAAUGAUAGAGGAGCACAGGGGUGCAGGGGGCAUUGCCUUUCGCAAGCGCCUGCAGCUGGCCCGGCUCUUGGCCAUCCCCCGCUCAUUGUGGCUAUUAGACGAGCCAUCUGUGGGGCUGGACCUGGCUGGGGUUGAGCUGCUAGAGGGAAUGAUUGAAGAACACAGGGGCGCAGGGGGCAUUGCCUUUGUCGCCACACACACGCCCAUCCAACUUUCUUCCUGCUUUCACCUCCGCUUCCCCGUCAGGUGUGUAACUCUAGUGGCCCUCCCUUAG